AUGGGCGCCAACAAGUAUAUCGAGGAGCUGCAAAAGCGCAAGCAAUCGGAUGUCUUGCGUUUCCUUCUCCGUGUCAGAUGCUGGGAGCUUCGACAAUUGAAUGUCAUCCACCGCGCUUCCCGCCCAUCUCGUCCAGACAAGGCUCGCCGUCUUGGUUACAAGGCAAAGCAAGGCUAUGUCAUCUACCGCGUUCGCGUUCGCCGUGGAGGUCGCAAGAAGCCUGUACCAAAGGGUGCUACAUACGGAAAACCAACCAACCAGGGUGUUAACCAGCUCAAGUACCAACGAUCUCUCAAAUCAACCGCCGAGGAGCGUGUAGGCCGACGAUGCGCGAAUUUGCGAGUUCUGAACUCGUACUGGAUCAACCAGGAUUCUACCUACAAAUACUUCGAGAUCAUCUUGGUCGAUCCUCAACACAAGGCUAUUCGCCGUGAUGCCCGCAUCAACUGGAUUGUCAACCCUGUUCAUAAGCACCGUGAAUCUCGUGGUCUCACCGCUACCGGCAAGAAGUCUCGUGGACUGGGCAAAGGUCACGGAUACAACAAGACAACUGCUGGUCGCAGAAAGACCUGGAAGAGACACAACACUCUCAACCUCCAACGUUACAGAUAG